UUUGGGGGCUGGAGGCGAGAGGAGCUUUUGGGGCCGAGUUCGGGGCAAUUGCGGGAUGGAAGUUAGCGAAUUUGGGCAACUUGCCUGUACUACCCAGUCUACCUCUGCUCUCUCCCACACGCACGCCCACACAGCCACGCACACCCACGCACACACUCCUCUCCUUAUAAACCAGCGCCGCGGGGCUGGCCGCUCACGGAGUCCCUGCCUAGCCGAGCAUCGGACUUGGAGUCAGAGAGACGUGGCUGCGAAUCCCGGCUCCGCCACUUUCUAGCGCUGUGACCUUGGCACAACAGCUCCGGCUGGCAGCAUCACCUCCCACCAAUUUAUCCAACUUCUGCUGAGGCUCUGAAAUGCCAACGAUGUCGAGACCUGCACUUGAUGUCAAGGGUGGCACCUCACCUGUGAAGGAGGAUGCCAACCAAGAGAUGAGCUCUCUAGCCUACUCUAACCUGGGGGUGAAAGAUCGCAAAGCAGUAGCCACUCUGCACUACCCCGGGGUAGCCUCAAAUGGAACCAAGGCCAGUGGGGUUCCCACUAGUUCCUCUGGAUCUCCAACUCCAAUAGGCUCUCCUACCACCACCCCUCCCACUAAAUCCCCACCCUUCAACCUGCACCCUGCCCCUCACCUGCUGGCCAGUAUGCAGCUGCAGAAACUUAAUAGCCAGUAUCAUGGGAUGGCUGCAGCCACUCCAGGCCAACCAGGGGAGGCAGGGCCCCUGCAAAACUGGGGCUUUGGGGCUCAGGCGGGAGGGACGGGGUCACUCUCUCCUCCUGCUGGUGCCCAGAGCCCUGCUAUCAUCGAUUCGGACCCAGUGGAUGAGGAGGUGCUGAUGUCAUUGGUGGUGGAACUGGGACUGGACCGGGCUAAUGAGCUUCCAGAGCUGUGGCUGGGGCAGAAUGAAUUUGACUUCACUGCAGACUUUCCGUCUGGCUGCUGAUGCCAACUGUCCCUAAACAUGAAGGAAUAAAGCCACCAAUUCUGUUGUAAAUAAAAAUAAAAGUUACUUACAAAGA